AGGCCGGCAGUCCAGCUGAGCCAAAGCUGAGCCAAAGCUGAGCUGUGACCCGGCUUCACCAACCCUGCAUGCGUCUCUCAUACCCAGCUUCCUAGACUCUCUCAUAUCUCUGCCCUCAGCGGGCACCUUCUCUUUUCAUUUUCAUAACGACAACGACGACCCCACGAUCCAUCUCUUAUGUCUUCCACAACCUCGCCUUCUCCGACAUCCUCUGUCUCCGCUGCAGCUACAACAUCCGCCGCAGCCACUCUCAAAGCGCCCGGAAAUCUCAAAGUCGUCGGUAUUAUCCUCGCCAUUGUCAGUGGCGUUCUCAUCGGCAGCAGCUUUGUAUUCAAGAAGAAGGGCCUUUUGAGAUCUCAGGGUGUAGCAGGAGAAGGCGUUGCUUACCUCAAAUCGGCAUUAUGGUGGACAGGCAUGAUCAUGAUGAUUCUGGGGGAACUCUGUAAUUUUGCAGCGUAUGCCUUCGUGGAGGCCAUUGUCGUCACACCCAUGGGCGCGCUCUCUGUUGUCGUCUCCGCCAUUCUCUCUCAUUUCAUACUCAAAGAACAGCUCAGUUUCUUUGGAUGGCUGGGAUGCGGUCUCUGUAUCAUUGGAUCAGUCAUCAUUGCCCUCAACGGUCCUGAAGAAUCCUCCAUCGGACAAAUUAGAGAAUUCCAAAAACUUUUCCUCGCACCUGGUUUUCUGGUAUACGGCUCAAUACUGAUUGCAACGUCUCUCGUUAUUGCAAUCUACUUCGCGCCAAGGUAUGGCAAGAAGAGCAUGCUGUGGUAUAUUUCGGUUUGCAGCAUGAUCGGUGGUAUCAGUGUCAGCGUUACCACCGGCCUAGGCUCUGCCAUCGUCACAACCGCUAUGGGCGAUAAUCAGUUCAAAUAUUGGUUUAUAUACUUUCUAAUGGUAUUCAUCGCUGUAACACUAAUCACUGAGGUAUAUUAUCUGAACGUGGCGCUGGCGCUGUUCAAUACUGCCAUGGUGACACCCACCUACUACGUGAUAUUCACGUUCUUCUCCAUCCUUACUACCAUCGUUCUAUUCAAAGGACUCAAGGCGCCGGUGAAUCAAAUUAUCACCCUCGUCAUGGGCUUCAUCGUCAUCUGCUUCGGCAUCACCAUUCUUCAACUGUCCAAGGUCGACCCAACUGAAAUCAAGGCUCUCGACCGCAAGUCCACCAUCUUGCUGCAAGCGGCAAGGCGGAAUACAGAAGGCAUGGAUGAAAAGAGCCUGAUGGCUGUUGAAGACCCCGGCAUGGACACGCUCCGAGGCAGCUUCGGUACGAUUGGCAGUAUCAUGCGCGCAAAGAGUGCGAAGCGGAUGAGCAUGUCGUCUGCUCGUGCACCUUCCUCCAUCCGUUCUCGACGUGCGCGUGAUUCGGAUUUGGAACACCCCUUGCCGCCGAUACCUCAGCACUUGAGCGGCAUGAGCAAUUUCAGCGUUAGUAACACGGGAGGCGACGCGUUAUUCCCGGGAAUGAAGAGACAUCAGUUGUAUGACCCUCCAGUGCAGCAUCCCGGUGAUGCUGCGUUGGAGAGGAUGUCGACGACGAGUCACGCUAGCCAGAUGGGAUCGCCGAAAAAGCAGACCAUCAAGUUUGAUAGUCAGGAUAUGGUGCAUUCGUAUCGUAUGCCUGGGACAGGUGAUAACAGUGCAACGCAUUUACCCAGGAGUGCUCUUUCGCAGGCGUAUCCUUCGACCCCAUACACACCGGUAAUGUUUCAAUUGCACGUUCUAGUAGCGUUCAUACUUGCUAACGAAUAUGACAGCUCGAGGCUUCAGGUCCGGAGCUGACCAUGACGCCGUCGGAAGAAUUAGAUGAAGAAGCUGCGCUUCGCUCUGCACCUCCCAUGCUCGAUAGCGUAUACCGACCCCUCAGCAUAGAUCCGUUUGCUCCCCAGCCUCGUACUGCCACAAUGGGCAGCUUCCCAUCCAUCUCAUCCACUGCUCCCUCUUCAUCAACAGAAUCACCGACAUCGACACGUAGACUGAUUUCGUCGGGUCGUAGCAAAGCAAGCUCACCACCACACCAUCAUACCCUUUUUGGACGUUCAACAAGUGAACGUGAACGGCAUUACCCUAGAGGAGAUAAGGAGGAAGAUAAGGAGGAGAGUGAGAGUCUUUGGCAUCAUGGGGGAGAGGAGGAUGUGGAAUCCGUGCGUGACGUAGAAGCGAGGACUUCCAUUAGGCUGGUUCCUAAUUCCGGAAAUCGUAUAUGAGGAAUUCAGGAGGAUGUGUGUCUUUCUUUCAUUUGCCAAUAUUUCGGUCGAAGACUUCGCUCUCGAUUGUCUUGCUUUGCUUUUCUUUUUUUGUUGUACUUCGGCCCAUAUAUAUGUACCAUUCUGUCUCAGGUCUCUCUUCGUUUCGUAUUGGGGACACAUUGGACUAACUAGUAUUAGGCGAGAUUCCGUAUAUGUUCGUGCUGUAAUAUGACGUGUUUCAGAGAAUUUCUCGGAGUUCCUAAAAAGAAACAUAUGAUAGUUAUCGACUACAC